CGGCAACCGGCAAGAACCGAGACACCUUUCUGGUCAGUUAUAGUUCAGUUCAACCACACGCACCAACAAGGAAGGUCAACCUCGUCCUGUCUACCACACCGAACAUGUGCUGUCUGUCGAUGUCGAAUACGCGUUGACGUUUCGGGGUUUGACUUACUUGCGUUCGUAGUUUGUUUAGUGCCACUUGUUACACGGAUAAGCUGAUUUUGUUCAAGUGUCAAUUGUUCGUGAAGUGUUCGCAAAACGCAAAGAGGCAGCUCCAUCUUCAUCGUCAGGUGCAAACGACGAGAGAGGUGGCAGCGGUACCCCGUCAAGUGGCACUGGCACAGGCGGAGGCGGCAGCAGUGAGCCUUCCGGCGCCGGCGCCGGUCCCCCAGCCGGACCCGGGCCCGGCCCGGGCCCAGGCGCAGGCCAAGGCGCAGGGCCAGUUGGCUCCCACCAACGUGGCAUGGCCGACAUCCCGGACGGACACCAGUCACACCCCCAGCACGACGACCAACAAACCUGGAGGGCCUACUACGAACAUCCCCUAACCGCGGCCACAACUGCCAUGUUGAACAUUGGCGGGGGUGCUGAUGAACAGUCCGCCACCAUGGGCUUCAUCUGCGAGUACUACAAACUACCCUCCUUGCAGCCUGAUGGGAAGGAUAAGCUUACCGAUAUUUGGCCGGCUGGCACUGGCGCCGGCAGUAUCCUAACCUCGCAGCUGAAAGCGACCAAUGGCUUGGUGAGCGGGGCGGGUCUAGAGCUGACGACGCCGCCCCUUAGUACCGCCGCUGCCCAGCUGAACUCACAGGAACUGCAAGGUCUGUUUAUCAACCAGCAUAUCGGGUACGCGGGUCAAUCAGCGAUCUCCGCAGACCAGAGUCUACAACUUGUCAAACGCGAGCCGGAAGAUUUGAGCCAUCACAGGAAAAUCGAAUGUAGUUCGCCCAGUUCCGGGAGCUUGGACGGAUCUAUCAUCAUCUCCAAACAAGUCCAGAGCCAAGGUGAUUGGGAUUUUGGUGUGGUGUAG